AUGAAUUUCUUUUCGUCUUUUUAUACACCUUCAGUCGGGUCAAGAGUAACCACAUCCAAUAUCUAUGAUAUAUUCAGGAGCCAUUGGAGUUCGUUGUACAACCAAAGGCAAAAAGCAGAACAAGCGAUUGAUGAAUGGAAAUUAGCUCUUAUAAAUGAAAUUAAUGAGUAUGCACAGCGACAGAAGGGUCUUGUUCAGAAAGCUUAUUGUGAUCAACAAAAGUACUUCGACACCCAGCGUGAAGAAUUUAUUGAGACAUUUUUAAUCUAUGAACGGAAAGGGGAUACUGAAGAAAUGAAUCGACUCCUGGAGAAGUGUAAAAAUAUAGCAGAAGAAUUAGUUAAAUUAAGCUUUCAAUCAAAAGAUACACAAUUCAUUGUAGUUACAUUAUUAGAGUCAAACAGUUCAACGUAUAAUGAAGACCGCAAACAAUCAGAAAUUGAAAAUGACAACAAUCGAAAUCUAUCAAUACAGAGAACUGAAGGUGGACCAUUGGAUACCAGAGAUUCUACAUAUAACUCAGAGUCAGGUUCAACACCUGUAGCUUCGAAUCGAAUAAACCAAACAACGACACAUACAACUGAUAGUAAUAUGUUGCACGUAUCAGGUGUCUCAGAUGAUAACUUGAACGAUCAAUGUCCAGUAUGUUUUAUGAUAUUUCCAUCGCAUAUGUUAUCAAUAAAUCGAUCAAUUCAUGUGGAGAAACAUUACGAAAAUGAUUAA